AUGGCCACAGGCAAAAGUGACCGAGCGUCCAAAUCGGAGACCUUAAAGGUCCUGGAGAAGUGCCGAAAAGAGAGGGAUGACGCCGUCUGCCGAGAACGCGUCUUGCGGGACAAACUCCGGCAGUGUGAGUCCAAGCUGCGCUCCGUCGAGACCCUGAAACAGAAGCUCAAGACCCUGACGGCGGACAACAAGGAGCUGAGGAAGCAAGUCAAGGGCCUGCGCACGGAGAUCGGACUCGACCGCAGCCCCAAGUACCACGGCAAGACCACCAAGGACGUCGUCAACGACCUGCUCGAGAAGGAGCGAGAGUGCGACGUCCUGAUCGAGAAGGCGGCCAGGCUCGGACUGACCGUGGACCAACUGACGUCCGAAUUGGCCAACGCGGUCACGUGCAAGGCGCUGUUAGAGGAGCAGGUUACGUCUCUGCACCGGAACCUCAAGGACAUGACCUACAAUCAGCGGCGUCUGCUCAAGCAGUGGGAGGACAGGAGGCUCCAGCGGGAGCAACGGGUCCUGCCCGCCCUCGCGCUCAAGGCCGUUCAGACGGAUGUGUCCAUCGGUGCGUCCCAAAAGCUUCCGGUCAACGCUUUCGAGACCGAGACUGGCGACGCAAAGACCGCAUUGGAGAGUCCGAGCUUUAGCACUUAUCAUAACGACAAGUCUUUAGUGUGUGAUGAAAAUAAAGAGAUUUACAACUAAUUUAUAAAUAGUAUGGAUGCUUGAUGGAAUUUUUUUCAGACAGGUAUCAGUACGAGUAUUCCCUU